UUAAGUGUUUCGCUUGAUAGUUCCCUGUUCACUGAUUGCAGAACUGCAACAAUGCCUGGAAAUAUCAUGGUGAAAUCCUGCAGUGAUAAUGACUUCCCUUCCAAGCUAACAGGGCAGGUCCUUGUUUGCAGCAUCAUUGCAGCAUUUGGUGGUCUCAUGUUUGGCUAUGAUAUUGGCAUUUCUGGUGGAGUAACUUCAAUGGAUGAUUUCUUGAAGAAGUUCUUUCCAAUUGUUUAUGUCAAGAAGCACAAAGCAAGAGAAAACAACUACUGCAAAUAUGAUAACGAAUAUCUUCAGCUCUUCACUUCUUCACUCUACCUUGCUGCCAUUUUGUCUAGUUUCGCAGCCUCUUUCUUCUGCAAAAUAUGGGGUCGGAAACCCACCAUCCAAGUUGCCUCAAUCUUCUUUCUCGCCGGAGCCAUCUUGAAUGCUGUUGCUCAGAACCUUGGCAUGUUGAUUGCUGGAAGGCUGUGUCUAGGUGCCGGAGUUGGAUUUGGAAACCAGGCAGUGCCAUUGUUCAUAUCCGAAAUUGCGCCUGCAAAGUAUAGAGGAGGCCUUAACAUAUGUUUUCAGUUGCUUAUCACAAUAGGCAUUCUGAUAGCCAAUAUCAUUAACUAUUUUACUUCAAAAUUGCAUCCAUAUGGUUGGAGAAUUUCACUAGGUGGAGCUGCUGGCCCUGCUAUAAUUCUCUUGCUUGGCUCUAUUCUCAUCUCGGAGACCCCAACAAGCCUUAUAGAGCGAGGAAAGAAUGAAAAGGGUUUGGAAGUACUAAAGAAGAUUAGAGGCGUUGAUAAUGUUGAUAAAGAAUAUUCAGAAAUUUUGAAUGCCAUUGAACUGGCUAAACAAGUAAAAAGCCCCUUCAGAAAUCUCAUAAUGAAAAGGUCUAGUUGGCCUCAACUCUUUUGUGGCACAAUUCUUCAAGUCUUUCAGCAGUUCACAGGCAUCAAUGUGGUCAUGUUUUAUGCUCCAGUUCUGUUUCAGACUAUGGGCUUGGGGGGCGAUGCAUCGCUAUUAUCAGCUGUUGUCACUGACUCUAUCAAUGUGGCAGCUACAUUGAUUGCAAUUUUUACUGUUGACAGAAUUGGAAGAAGGCUUUUGCUCAUAGAAGCUGUCAUGCAGAUGCUCGUUGCUCAGUCUGUAAUGGGAGCAACUCUUGCAAAGCAUUUGAAAUCUACAAACAUAAUGCCAAAGCAUUAUGCUGUGGUUGUGCUAAUCUUGAUCUGUGUGUUUGUAUCCGGAUUUGCAUGGUCAUGGGGUCCCUUGGGAUGGCUAAUUCCCAGUGAAAUUUUCCCUUUAGAGACACGAAGUGCUGGUUUUUUCUUUGCUGUAAGCAUGAAUAUGUUAUGUACAUUCCUAAUAGCUCAAACAUUCCUCUCCAUGCUUUGCCGUAUGAGAUCUGGGAUCUUCUUCUUCUUUGCUGCUUGGAUAGUUGUGAUGGGUCUCUUCGCCAUUUUCCUGCUGCCUGAAACAAAAGGAAUCCCAAUUGAUGAAAUGAAUGAAAAAGUGUGGAAGAAACAUUGGUUGUGGAAGAGGUGCUAUGAGGAUUGUGGUGAGAAGAAAUUACAAGAAAAAAAAGAGGACUUCAAAAUCCAAGAAAAUUUAGAUGAUAAGUCAUUGGCAUAGCAUUUGUUAGCUUGCUUUUAAAUGUUCCUUCAUUAUCAUAAAUGCAAUUAACUUAA